UUCCACAGUUGAUAAAGAUAGAGAACAGGGAGAGAGAGAAGAGAGAGCAAUGAUGGAAGCUUUACUCUGCAGAAAUCUGGGCGACCCCACAGUCCGGCCCGACGGGGCGGAGAACUCGGCCCUAACCAUCUCCACGACUUACCCGAUUCCGCAACUCAACUCGCCGACGGCGGUCAGAGUCCGUGUCAAAGCAACCAGCUUGAACUUCGCUAAUUACCUCCAAAUUCUCGGUAAGUACCAAGAGAAGCUGCCGUUGCCUUUUAUUCCGGGCUCCGAUUACUCGGGCACCGUCGAGGCUGUGGGACCCGGAGUCACCAAGUUCAAAAUCGGGGAUCCAGUUUGCUCUUUCGCUGCUCGCGGAUCAUUUGCUCAAUUCAUCGUCGCCGAUGAAUCCGAGUUGUUUCUGGUGCCUGAAGGAUGUGACUUGGUUGCCGCUGGUGCACUUCCAGUCGCAUAUGGUACAUCACAUGUUGCACUUGUUCAUAGAGCGCAAUUGUGUGCUGGUCAGGUGUUGCUGGUUCUUGGUGCAGCUGGAGGAGUUGGUGUUUCUGCUGUACAAAUUGGCAAGGUCUGUGGUGCCAUUGUUAUAGCUGUUGCUAGGGGAGAUGAGAAGGCGCAAUUUCUGAAGUCACUGGGUGUAGAUCAUGUUGUUGAUGUGAGCAAAGAGAAUGUCAUUGAAAGUGUGAAGGGGUUUCUAAAGUCGAAAAGGCUGAAAGGAGUUGAUGUUUUGUAUGAUCCGGUUGGAGGCAAGCUUACAAAAGAAACCUUGAAGUUGUUGAACUGGGGAGCACAAAUCUUGGUUAUAGGGUUUGCAAGUGGUGAAGUACCUGUAAUCCCAGCAAAUAUUGCUCUUGUUAAGAACUGGACGGUUCAUGGACUCUAUUGGGGAAGUUAUAACAUCUAUCGACCACAUGUUCUGCAAGAUUCCCUAAAGGAGCUGCUAUCCUGGUUGGCUAGGGGAUUGAUUACCAUCAAGAUUUCCCAUACUUUUAGCCUUUCUAAGGCAAAUCUUGCUUUUGCUGCCCUCAGAGAUAGAAAAGCAAUUGGAAAGGUUUUGAUUGCCUUCGAUGACCAGAAAACUACGAGGUCUAAGCUUUAGUUGCGUCUUGCUAAUGGAGCAAACACAUGCAUUUCUUAUAAAGCCCAAAAUGUGGUAGCAUCAGCCUCUUGUAUGAUUCUAGGUGUCAAUAGUGCUGCUGAUUUCCCUUGACAAUACUUGUACUAAUAAGGUUAUGUAUUGCCAUUCAAUUGUGCUUCAUGGAAAUAAACAUAUUGUAGUACAUGAAACAAGAAUUCGACACACAAUUGUUGUUGGAUCUUUCUUAUGUCGAUACAGAGUGUGGACAAUGUUGUGCUGGUAAGUGCACUUGUUGAUAAAUGAAGCUUGUAACUUGCAUCA